AUGUUUCGGCGGAAGACGGCUGCCCCGGCGUCUCAUGAGGCGCCUCCAGCACCGCCUGGCCUGGCCGCUCUCCGUUCCGGCACGUUUCUCCGUCGUUUUUUGUUCGUUCUCCUCGAUUUGCAUUGCUGUAAGCUUCACGUUCCUCGAGGUCUCUACUGAAUUAAUCUCAAAAAACAGAUUGAUUGAAUAUUUAUUGAGAGCUACUUUUUCAAUUUUUUUUUCUUCUUUUUUUUUUUACUUUAUUCUUCUCCUCGCUUCCUCAAAGAAACUCUCGGUGAUGUGUAAAUCCUCAGAAAGUAUUUCCGACGGAGUAUUGCCUGUUCAAAAAUGUUUUUCCGAAUUUUUUGAAAUCGAAAUUUGAAAAAGUUCCUAGUGUUCUUAUAGUGAAGACCUUGCAGUACACGCCAAAUUUCUUCUUUUCAAAAUCACGGUAAAGAAUUUCCAUGGCCGAUUCGCUCAAAAACCUUUCAUGUAAACUUUUUGUGCUUUCAUACAUUUGAGCGAACUGUGAAUAAGCUAUCCGUUACUUCUUUUUUUUUCGGUCUCGCCAUUUUUUUCAAUCAAUUUGCUUUUAAAUGAACUUUUUUUUCAGAUCGGGUGACCAAAAGUCUUUUAACCUGCCGGUAGAGUAGAUUUUCGGUUCAUUCUGUGUCUUUCUAACCGGGUGGUCGAACUUCUCCCUUCGCAAUCAUUCCUGUCUGGUUUGUUUUUAAAUUUGUUAUUUCUGGCAGUUGAUAAAAUAUUGAGAAGUGAGAAAAAUUCGCUGUGGCUUUCCACAAACUUUACAUGAGGUUUUUGAGCUAAAAUUAUUUCAGCGUGUUGUUCUUUCUAUUCAGCAGAAUUUUGAACCAACUUCAAAAUUCAUGAGUAUGUCAUCUUACGUAGAUGGCUUUGCACAACAAACACAUUAAUUGACGACUUUUGGUGCCUGAAUUGCCCAAAAAGUUUCGAACCUUCUCCAACUUAAUUUUCUCAAGUGUUAUCUUUAUAAUAACGGGAUAUUUUUCAGGGGCACGUAGCCAUCGGCCAAUACGGACGGCACGAUGCCCUACGCAGCAGCUCCUGGAAUCACGGAGUCUGGUGCGUAUUUUUUCCUUCUUUUUUUUUUGUAAGCGUUGAUUCAAUCGAAAACUGGCGAAACAAGAAAUGAUAGGUUUUUUACUCGAGUAGGAGGUAAGCAUUUUUAUUUUCUCUUGCUUGAGUCUUUUCGGAUUUAAAUUUUGUUGACUAGUUCUGUUUUUUCCGUUAAGAACUAAUAAUUUUGAGCUUUGAUGAGAGCUUACUUUAUUUAAAAUAGCGACGAUUAUUGGGGUUUCGCUUUUAUUUUUUUUUUUCUGUAAAUUUGUAUCCUAUUUCUUGUAUUUGUACUGAAUAUUUUUACUUGGCCUAAGAAGGCUCUUUUUCACCCAAUAGCCUAAUUUUUUUUUACAUAUGUUUCAAGAACUUGUUUGAUCUAUUACAGCAAGAAUAAGGAGUUUCAAAUAAUAUACUAGAAAAAAAUAUAGAAGCUGACUUUCACAAAAUCUUGUCAUUUUUUUGUUCGAAAACGCUUUGGUCAACUAUCCGAGCACUAUAGUCAGUGGUCAGCUGUCGUUUAAACGGCGAAAUGAUCUUUUUUUCCUCAUUUUUUCCCCUCCCAACCGUUCGUUUUUUUCCUCGAAGUUGUUUAGAACAACCACUGAAGCUUUAUUAUUUUUAUUUUUGCAAAUUCCUAAGGGCUAGAAGUUUUUAACAUACAUUUUCCAUUUUUGCGGUUUUUUUUUUUGCAAAACAUUGCGCCCACCUUUGAGUUGCAUCAGCAUUCGAAAAUCACAACGAACAUUUUUUGUAUUUUACGUAACUUGAGGAUUUUUCGCAACUUAAGAAAAAUACAAGACACGUAUUGCUCGAAAAAGUGGUCUCAAAUGAGAUAAAAUAAUGAUGUUUUGAAAAAAAAAAGCGAGACAAAAGCCGUUUGACAGUGUUAACUUAGUUCGAACGAAUUUCAAAAUUGUUUGAAAAGUCUUUUUCAAUACUAUAGCAGCUAGUUAACUGAAAAACUCUGGAAAUUUAUUUUUUGAAACUUUCAUUACUACGGGAGCCCAUUUUUCCUGAAGAAAAAGACGUAAAAAUUGAAAAUGAAGUCUUCUACCCACUUCACAGUUCUGACCUUGUGCUACGUCGUCUCGGAAAUAAAAGACAGAUUGAUUGCUCAGAAGGCUCUUUUCACUUCGUCAGAUCGUUAUCUUCCUUGA